GAAACAAAAACAAGACACGACUUUCAGUCACAUGGUUCUGUGUUGUCGACCGCUAAUACAUCUUUCCUUGGAUUGCUUCCCUUCAUCGUAAAUCCCCCGAUUGAGACUAAGCAAAGUGGAGGCUGCUGCAACAAGGAACCACCACCCAUCCGCCACCCGUUCGGUUCUGUUUCUCUGCACAUUCAUUCAUUGAAUGCCGUCUCAACCUCUGCUAACUGCGACUGGUUUUGAACCAUCGUCCCAAGCAAACGUCUCGUCGAACCCUUGGCCACAUCUCACAGAAACCACCAAACAAUCGUUUUCUCAUUCGCUUUAUGAGUAAGAUUCCAUGAACCAUCUCUGUCUGAUUCCUCAAGAGUACUGCGGCAUGGUACAAGCGUAGUAUUUAUUGUCAUUUUAUCAUCUGUCACUGCCUCCAA